AGGUAGGAUAUAUAUAUAGAGAGAGAUGGCCGGCCUAACUUUCCAUUGACGCCCCUAUAUUAGGAGAGCAUUUUUGUCAUUUUGUAUGUGAAGAAAUCAUAAUUGAUGAUACCCUCGGUUAUAGGAAAAGCCAGUGAUUGAUGAAAUUACGGAUGAAGCUAUCAGCUGCUAUAGGGGCUCCCUCGUUAUUUCCUUGUUGCAGUUUUACUCAUUUGCCUGCCUCUCCUUCAACGCUUUAUGCUUCCAUCCCCUUCUCAGGGAGGAACAAGUUAUUCUUACGUGCUGUGAAUCUUGAUUGUGAGAGUGUGGAACAAAUGAAUUUGAAGAAGGAAAUUCCUGAAUUAAACAAGAAUCUAUACCCCUCUAUAGAGCCAUAUUGCACUGGAUUUUUGAAAGUUUCAAACCUUCAUACUCUAUACUGGGAGCAGUCAGGAAAUCCUAAUGGCCACCCUGUAGUGUUUCUCCAUGGAGGCCCUGGAGCUGGGACUUCACCCAAUAACAGGAGGUUCUUUGAUCCUGUCUUCUACCGAAUCAUUCUAUUUGAUCAGAGAGGUGCAGGAAAAAGUAAGCCUCAUGCUUGCUUGGAGGAGAACACUACGUGGGAUCUCAUUGGGGAUAUUGAAAAACUAAGAGAGCAUUUAAAGAUUCCGGAAUGGCAGGUAUUUGGUGGCUCAUGGGGAAGCACUCUUGCUCUUGCAUACAGCAUUUCACAUCCUGACAAGGUUACUGGUAUCAUUCUUAGAGGGAUCUUUUUGUUGCGGAAGAAAGAAAUUGAUUGGUUUUAUGAGGGCGGAGCUGCUGUAAUAUACCCUGAUGUUUGGGAACCAUUCAGAGAUCUGAUUCCGGAGGAAGAAAGGAGUUGUUUUGUCGAGGCUUACCACAAGAGAUUAAAUUCGGAUAACCUAGAGACACAGUAUGCAGCGGCUAGGGCAUGGACUAAAUGGGAAAUGAUGACCGCUCAUCUUCUCCCUAAUGAAGAGAACAUAAAGAGAGGAGAUGAUGAUCAUUUCUCCUUGGCAUUUGCAAGGAUUGAGAACCACUACUUCAUCAACAGGGGGUUCUUCUCUUCAGAUUCUUUCCUUCUGGAAAAUGUUGAAAAGAUAAAGCAUAUCAAAGCAAUAAUUGUUCAGGGAAGAUAUGAUGUUUGCUGUCCAAUGAUGUCAGCAUGGGAUCUUCAUAAAGCUUGGCCAGAGGCAGAGUUCUUAGUUGUCCCUGGAGCAGGUCAUUCGGCAAAUGAAGCAGGAAUAGCAGCAGAACUUGUUGCAGCUAAUGAAAAACUGAAAAAGCAUCCUUGAAGGAGUUUCUUGAGUGCAAGUGCCCGCUAGUCAUGGACAUUAGACAUUGGCAUGGAUGUUUGUUAAGAGUUAGUAUCCUUUUAUUCCAGUUUCUAGCUGUCUCUUAGUAUAUGAACUAAGAGCACAGGUGUGGAAGAAAGAAAGUUUGAAUUUAAAAAAACGCCAGAGAGUUCUCUCUAUGUACGACCAUAGCACGAGGCCAUAGGAUUAUUUUAUUUAAGAUGCUCUCUCCAUCUCUUUUUAUUUGCUCCAUUUGGGUUGUGCUUAUAUCCUAAAUAUUUAAACAAAAUCUUUCUAUUAUGUCAUUGUUCAAUAAAUGUAAUCUUUAUUGAUUUGGAAACA